GCGAAAGGAAGGGGGUGGGGUGGAAAAGCGUCUGGUUUUCAUCGGCGCUUCUCGUCCAUUUCGUAGCUUCGUCAGUGGCACCAUCCUUUUUAACUCGGGCAACAUGGCAACUGCAACGAGCCGAUACUACAGCGAAGACGGGAGGGCGACCAAAAGGCAGAAAACCGAAGGAAUGGCCGCGGGAUUUGAGGACCCCCACAAGACCCUGCCAUCCGUCGUCGUGCACGUCCGGGGACUGGUGGAUGGUGUCACGGAGGCCGACCUAGUGGAGACCCUGCAAGAGUUUGGAGCCAUUAGCUAUGUGGUGGUGAUGCCCAAAAAGCGUCAGGCUCUGGUGGAGUACGAGGACAUGAACGGCUCGUCCACGGCGGUGACUUAUAGCGCAGACAAUCAAGUUUACAUUGCGGGCCACCCGGCCUUUGUCAACUACUCUACAAGCCAGAAGAUCUCUAGGCCGGGGGACGCGGAUGACUCCAGGAGUGUCAACAAUGUCCUUCUACUCACCAUAAUGAACCCUAUUUACCCCAUCACCACGGAGGUUCUUUACACCAUCUGCAACAACUGCGGCCCUGUACAAAGAAUUGUCAUCUUUAGGAAGAAUGGUGUGCAGGCCAUGGUGGAGUUUGACUCUGUGCAAAGCGCCCAACGUGCCAAAGCGUCUCUCAAUGGAGCUGACAUCUACUCUGGCUGCUGCACAUUGAAGAUUGAAUAUGCCAAGCCCACUCGGUUGAACGUGUUCAAGAAUGACCAGGACACUUGGGACUACACCAACCCCAAUCUGGGUGGCCCAGAUGGCGAUGCAGAUGGCAAUGGCGGCAACGCAGACGACAUGGCCGCCAACCCCAACAAGCGCCAACGUCAGCCAGCUCUGUUGGGCGACCACCCCCCGGAUUUCGUCAAUGGUUACCAUAUGUAUGAAGAGAAUUAUGGCUCCUCCCCAUAUGAGAGUCGCCGCAUGGGCCCCCCGAUGAGAGGGCGCGGGGGCAGAAACUAUGCAUCGAAUUACGGACCGCCUCCCCCUCCUGGCGAGUACGGUGCCCAUGCGGAGUCACCGGUGCUCAUGGUUUAUGGACUGGAGGCGCUCAAGAUGAACGCCGACCGGGUCUUCAACAUGUUCUGUCUCUAUGGCAACGUGGAGCGGGUAAAGUUCAUGAAGAGCAAGCCUGGCGCCGCCAUGGUGGAGAUGAGCGACUGUUACGGUGUGGACCGUGCCAUCACACAUCUCAACAACAACUUCCUCUUUGGACAGAAGCUCAACGUGUGCGUCUCCAAGCAACUGGCCAUCAUGCCGGGUCAAUGUUACGAGCUGGAGGAUGGUUCUAGCAGCUUCAAGGACUUCCACGGCUCCAGGAACAACCGCUUCACGUCACCAGAACAGGCCGCCAAAAACCGCAUCCAACACCCGAGCAACGUUCUGCACUUCUUCAACGCUCAGCCUGACGUUACGGCAGAGAUCUUCACUCAGAUCUGUGAGGAGAUCGGAGUGAAGGCUCCCACUAACGUCAAGCUCUUCACAGGAAAGAGUGGCGCAGCUUCAAGCGACCGCAGCGCCUCAGGCCUGCUGGAGUGGGAGUCCAUCAACGACGCCAUGGAGGCUCUGUCCGUGAUGAACCAUCAUCAGAUGAAGAACUCAACUGGUCCGUACCCGUACACCCUCAAGCUGUGCUUCUCUACCGUUCAACACGCCAACUAAGAUGCUUUCCCCUCUCGGAAGAUCGGGCCUGGCUUCAUUUCCAUGCGACGACAUGCAGUUUAGAUCUCAGUGCAUUUGUGUCUUGGGAAGUCAAAUGUGUUAUUUAAGUGUCGUUUUCAUUAUCAGCCUUCCAAUGUGCAGUUGUCAUUUCCCUUUUUUUUUUUUUACUCAUCUGACUUCGAUGUGAGCUCAUUAUGAAAGAGUUAAUUUCAGGCUUAAUGUAGAACGCCAGACAACAUGGUUUUUGAAAGUUGUCUUUUGAAGCUUUUAAAAUGCUAGAUGUUUUUUGUUUUUUUUUCUGUAUUUUUAAUUACUGGCUCGUGAGUUCUGACGUCAUGUCCAACAUGCUGAGGGACUGUUUUGUUGUAAGAAAAUUACAAACUAAAAAUUUAAGUUGA